AAUUAGCUCUUGUAUCAGUGGUGCUGGGGGCGCUGGGGGUCAGUCGACACUUUUUGAGACGCAAAAGCGGCGAAGCUGCCAACGCCAGAGUAAGACGCGAGUUUAAGCAGGGAGGGAGGCGGUCGCUUGGUUUUGGAGACCGGGAGGGGGCGCUCUUUCACCCUUAAGCAGCUAACAGAGACUCGAGACCCAGACACACCAACAGGACAAGUCCGCGCGUUCCACCAGAUUUCAGCGAAGAUAUCCCCCCUUUUUAAGACUACCGUGAAGUGGCGGCCGUUACGGAGGUAUAAAUGCAUCAAGCACAGUAUGAAGAAAGCAAGCAGGCCCGUGGUGACUAAGGCAGCAAGUGGUGGAGGGAAAGCAGAUGGGAUAACAACAGGGCUGUCUGCAGGAAAAACUUCUACAAAGAGCUGCAGCACACAUCCACUGUCUAAGGUUAAAAGCAGUGAUGAUCUACUAUCUGCUAUGGCUGGAGGCUCAGCAGGGAACAGCAGCAGUGUUGCCAGAAGCAGAAAGAGUACUCUGGCAGGCACAAAUAACACCGAGAACAAGGCCAAGACUGUCUCAGGCUCUUCUGCUAAACGUGCCUCCUCUGCAACCUCUAAAGAGCCAAGUUCAAGUCGUGAUCGUUUACGCAGCUCUAGAACAUCCAGCAGCAAGAAGCUGUCGUGCACAGGCUCAGCUGAUGGGGUUCUUCCCAAGCGCUGUUGCCUUCCGGCCCAGGUGUUAGACUCAGAGAGUCGCAUGAACAAAUCCAAGUCUGACAGGCUUCUUGGUGACAAGUUGGCCCUGGAGACCAAAAUGAAGGAUCUCUUAGGUCUUGCUAAGAGCAAAGACUUGGAAAUUCUGCAGCUACGGAUUGAGCUGCGAAAUAUGAGGAUCCAGCUGGGACUGCCUGAGGAGGAAGAGAUGGAUAAGAAACCACCAGAGCAUGAGACAACAGCGUUGAUCAUGGCAGCAGAUGUAGAGUCCAAACUGCUUCUCCUGCAGGAACAAAAUCAAGCAAUUCGUGGAGAACUGAAUUUCCUAAAGAACGAGAACCGCAUGCUCAAGGACCGUCUCAAUGCCCUAGGCUUCUCUCUGGAGCAGAGAUUGGAUGGAUCUGAAAAGCUGUUUAGCUGUCCUUCCAGUCCUGAACCAUCAUCUUCAGUGGGUGCAAGAGGGCAUGGAGACUGUGAUGCUACCUUGGCAUCAUCAACGGAAUGUUCUGCACCAGGUUCCAUGGAAGACCUUCUAACCAGCGGCCAGUGUAGUGGCUCUACCGACAAUCUGGAUAGUGAAUCGAGUGAGAUGUACCAGGCGGUCACCUCCAGCGAUGAUGCCCUAGAGGCCCCAUCUGGUUGUGGUUCAUCAUGUUCCUCUGAGUCUGAGGGUGGAGCCCCAGCAAGUUGUGACCACUCCCGUAAAAGUAGCAGUGGCAACACCAGCGAGGUGUCUGUGGCCUGCUUGACGGAGCGUAUCCACCAAAUGGAGGAGAACCAGCACAGCACAUCCGAGGAGCUGCAGGCCACACUCCAAGAGCUUGCCGAUUUGCAGCAGAUCACGCAGGAGUUGAAUGGUGAGAAUGAGCGACUGGGUGAAGAAAAAGUGCUGCUCAUGGACUCCCUUUGCCAGCAGAGUGAUAAACUGGAGCACUGCGGCCGGCAGAUUGAGUAUUUCCGCUCACUACUUGAUGAGCACGGUGUAGGUUAUGCAGUUGACGAAGACAUUAAGAGUGGCCGCUACCUAGAGCUAGAGCAGCGUUAUGUGGAGCUGGCUGAAAACGCACGAUUUGAUCGCGAGCAGCUCCUGGGUGUGCAGCAGCAUCUGAGCAACACUCUGAAGAUGGCUGAGCAGGACAACGCAGAAGCACAGGGUGUAAUUGCAGCUCUAAAAGAGCGCAACCACCACAUGGAGAGGCUAGUGGAGACAGAGCGCCAGGAGCGCACUCGCAUAGCUGCUAUGCUGGAGGAAUGCAGAGCAAAAGUGGGCAGCAAUCAAGCUGAGUUGAAUCGCUGCAGGGCCUUGCUAGAGCAGGAGAGACUAAAGGUAGCUGAGCUCUAUUCCAUCCAUAAUGCUGGAGAUAAGAGUAAUAUCCGGCAGCUGCUGGAGAGAGUCAGGUUGGAUAAGGAAGAUGCUGAGGACAAGGUCACCAAGCUGCAGGAUGAACUGGGACACACACGUGCUGAGGUGAUCCGACUGCAGGACACCCUCAAAAAGUUGGAUGGAGAAUACAGGAACUUUCAGAGUGAGGUUCAGAAGGAACUGGUGGAACAGAAGCGAGCUGUAGAGAAACAACGAGGAGAUCUACAGGAGAAAGAAACAGAGAUCGCUGACAUGAAAGAUACCAUCUUUGAGCUAGAAGAUGAAGUGGAGCAGCACAGAGCUGUGAAAUUGCACGACAAUCUCAUCAUCAAUGACCUGGAAAAUUCAGUAAAGAAACUGCAGGACCAGAAGCAUGACAUGGAGAGGGACAUUAAGAUACUACACCGCAGGCUUAGAGAGGAGUCUGCAGAGUGGCGGCAGUUUCAGGCUGAUUUGCAGACAGCUGUGGUUAUUGCCAAUGACAUCAAGUCUGAAGCUCAGGAGGAGAUAGGUGACCUGCGACAUCGCCUGCAAGAGGCCCAAGAGAAGAAUGACAAACUCUGCAAAGAGCUGGAUGAGGUUAAAAACCGAAAACAGGAUGAAGAGCGUGGCCGUGUGUAUAACUAUAUGAAUGCCGUGGAGCGGGAUCUGGCUGCAUUGAGGCAAGGCAUGGGGCUAAGUCAGCGUUCUUCCACCUCCUCUGAGCCCUCACCUACAGUCAAAACUCUUAUCAAGAGCUUCGACAGUGCAUCCCAAGGCCCAGGUGUAAAUGCUUCAGCAGCUGCUGUUGUUGCCGCUGCUGCUGCAACAACCACAGUGCCUGCUACAUCCUUAACACGCAACCCUCUCAGUCCCAGCCCCCUAAAGACCCCCCCUGCAGCUGCUGUAUCACCUAUGCAGAGGCAUUCCAUCACAGGCUCUCUGGCUUCUGCAAAGCCCCUUUCCUCCCUCACAGAAAACAGACCCAGCUAUGCUGACAUCAGCAUGCCAGGUGAGCAUCUACUUCGAACAGCCAGUGGGAGUCGUCCUACCUCUGUUCACCAAAGAGUCUCCAGUUUGGACUCUUCCAAAGCCAUUUCAGUCUCUAGAAGGAGCAGUGAGGAGGCGAAGAAGGAUCUAAAUGUUCCGGACAGUGGGCCCAUCCCUUCUCUAAUGACCUUAAGUUCUGCAGUGUCUUCUCUUUCCCUGCCCUCCUCGUCCCCUACAGCCUCGGUCGCUCCUACAGCACGUAGUCGCCUACGAGAGGAGAGGAAGGAUCCUUUAUCAGCCCUGGCCCGAGAGUAUGGAGGCUCUAAGAGGAAUGCACUAUUGAGAUGGUGUCAGAAAAAGACAGAAGGUUAUCAGAACAUUGAUAUAACCAACUUCAGCAGCAGCUGGAAUGAUGGGCUGGCCUUCUGUGCUGUUCUUCACACAUACCUACCAGCUCACAUACCAUAUCAGGAACUCACUAGCCUGGACAAGAGACGUAACUUCACUCUGGCUUUCCAGGCAGCUGAAAGCGUAGGAAUCAAGUCCACUUUGGAUAUCAAUGAAAUGGUCCAUACUGAAAGACCUGACUGGCAAUGUGUAAUGACAUAUGUCACAGCUAUAUACAAGUACUUUGAGACCUGAGAACGUCGCUUUCUCUGACCAAGCCACUCUGGUCACUGUCUCUGACCACGGUUUUCCAACCAAAUCUACCCCUCGCACUAGUAACUUCAAAAAUAAGGAACUGAGUUGAUGAAAACACUACAUACUGUCCUGUUUUAUGAGUUUGCCAUUUCUGCAUGGGUCCUGUGUAGGUUCCUCAGUUUGGGUGAUGAGAUGGAUUCAGACUACAGAGAUUGUGAGGAACCUGAGUAGCCUUCGUGCCUUGUCCUUUUUUCCACCUUAGCUUUACACACUGUCAAAUGCAGUGUGGAAAUUAGUCAAAGUCAAUCCUUAAAAUGCUUCAGGCUUAAUAAGGGCUUAGAAAGAAAGACCAAAAUGUUCCAGAGCAGAACAGGGAUUGUGAACCACUGAUCAGCCAGGAAAGUACUGGCAUUUUGUUUUUUUUUGUUGUAGGGUGUUUGGUAAUCUGCAUUAAUUACAUAAGACUUUUUAGAAACUGUUGGGCCAGAGUCUAUAAUGAAUCUGACCAUUGCUUAAAACACUACAAUAAGCUUAUGUAUGCUCCCAAGCCAGGUUUACUUUAGUACCCUACUGGAUGAAAUACAUUAUUUGUCCAAAAGUUUAUAGACACCAACUGGUCCAAUGUUUCUUCUGAAAUCAAGCAGCCCACUUGCACCCCUACCCACACCCCCUCCUGCUGUAGUAAUACCCUCUACUCUUCAAGAAUGGCUUUACAUUACAUGUAAGGACACUGCUGAUUUUUAGAAAGUUUUUUUUUUAUUUUUUAAAAAACUUUUAGAGCAAUUUAUCUUAUGUUCAUAUUCAUUUUUACAUUAUAGUAUUAUAAAAAUAAUAAAGUACAGUAAGAGAUAUUUGUUCAUUCAUUUGAACUAGGAAAUAGGAAUAGCGGUUAUAACCCAGUGUCCAGUUAUUUGGACGUGUAAUCAAGUGCGCAUUUAUUUUCUGGCCAAAACAAAACACUAAAAACACGAGGUAACAAAUAACAGUUCAAUUUCCUGUAGCGCUCUUUAAGCCCGAAUAGAUGUGUCGCUGUUUUGUAGGCCGUGUCAUGCCCAAAAUAAGAAACUCCAGAUCUAGGCUGGUUUUGCCUAUGGGAACAAUUAAUGGUAUUUUUUGAAAAACUUGCUUUGUGGUAAACAAAAAAGUUUCAAACCUGAUUUUGCCAUAUGUGUGUUUCACACAAAUGCCAUUGGGUCAUCUGAAUUAUGAGGUCAUUCAUUUACAUCCAAGCUAACACUCCUGCGCUUCAAUUGGGAUUAUAAAGGCCAAUGUAGACUAUGUAAUAACAGUGGUCUUGUAUGUGUAUUGCAGGGCACACUGCACAAUUUUGUAAAUGAAAUCUUGGCUAUAUUCUGUGACAGACUGUACAAAGCCACAUGCAGCAAGUCAGAUCAUAAGAUAAAGAUUGUUUGGACCUAUUAUACUGAAAAAUGAGGUCAUCCAUAUGCAUUUGUUUUUUGCUGAGAAAAUAAGGUCAUGUAACUUAAAAAUGCUUUGGUGUAAUAGUGACAAUGUUUUUCACAAAGGCACUAAAUUGACCGCUGUGGAGCAUAUCUCAUUAAACAUCCAAAGACCACAGGUUUUUGACUAUAGAGUGUACCAGUGCCUUAAGUAUGGCAACCAUGCUAAAAUACCCAGUACAAACCAUAAAGCUUUGUCCAGUGUGGUAGUUGGGUGGCUUUGGCAGUAGUAGCCUGCACUUUAAGUAGCUAUUGAUUCCUCACCUGCAUUAUAAAGUUCAGUUCAUGCAGGUGUGGUUUGCACAGCAUUGUACAGCGAGAAGCCCCAUGGUGGUCAAACCGGUCCAAAAGGCUGGCGAGGAGUGAGCACCUGAUCAAGGUCUAAGAAGGAAAAGCAUCAGACGCACAGGAUGGGCAGCUGUUCAACUCGGCAAAGAAAAAGAAACACACAGAGAGUUAGUUCUGUAAACUGUCUGUGACUCAUCACAGCUUAUGGUGUUAAGAGAGGGCAGCAGAGACUCCGGAAGGUCAAGUUAUUACAGGCUAACUAAAAACGACAGCCAGAAGGGUAACAGAGACAUGAAGGCUCCCGGAGAUGUUAGUGGUAGACUGUGUCACAUCCUGUGAUGUAUGCAGGAGUGUUAGCUUGCUUGUGGCAUGAAUGUAGAAUUAGAGCCAGAGUUUUUUAUUUGAGCAUCUAACUGGCUGAAAUAUGACCUCAGAGGUCAGAGUUAUACACUGUAUUUCCAAAAGUAUUCAGUCGUCUGCCUUCACACGCAUAUGAAAUUGAGUGACAUCCCAUCCUUAAUCCAUAGGGUUUAAUAUGAUGUCGGCCCACCCUUUGCAGCUAUAACAGCU